UCCACUGUGUACUAUUGAAGUAACUGGUCCUUGCAGUGUUUUGUGCCAAGAGCAACUUGAGACUUUAGAAAUGUACUUCGAGAGUGAAAAACGUUCAUGUGGUGGCAACAUAGUUGACUGCAAAUUCGACUCUGGAAUGAAAAUGGCUCUAAUAACCUUUGAACGUGAAGAAGUUGCAAAGAGAGUGGAAGAAAGAGGGAAUCAUGUUGUAAAUAAAGAAACACUUACAGUAAGGCUUCAUACUCCAGACGAUAAGUCCAAAAGGUUAGACAAACCAGAAGAAACGGUGGAAGAUAAACCGGAGACUUCAAGAACAAUUAAAGUGAAAGGUGUGGACAAGUCCGUAUCGAGAGAUACUGUGGAGUUAUACUUUGAGAACACAAAACGUUCUGGAGGCGGCGAUAUCGAGAGCAUCCAAAGUGAUGAAGAGGAAGAAGAUGUUCUCUUUAUCACAUUUAAAGACAAACAGGAUGCAGAUAAAGUAGUUAAAACUGGUCACCACAAAGUUGAAGGCAAAGCUCUGAGUGUUUCUAUCUAUGUGCCACCUGUACCUCCACCAUCUUACGAGAACAAGAUUCUGAUAAAAGGGUUAAAACCAACCACAACCCAGGAUUGUUUGUUCAACUUCAUAGAGGCAAAAACAGGAUAUAACCCAGAGACCAUGGACUGUCAUGCAGAGCAAGAAGAUAUAGUCAUGGUUACUUUUACAGACAAGCCAGAUUUCCAUGAACUUGAGAAAGUAUUCAGAGAAACUAGAUUGGAAGGAGCAAUACUGAAGGUUUAUCCUGUACCAAUUUCAAACUGUAUAAUUGUCGCUAACCUUGCCUCUGAUGUAACCGAAGACACGGUUGGCUUCUACUUUGAAAAUAAAAGAAAAAGUGGUGGCGGACAAGUUGACAAGGUGGUGAUGAAUGAGGAUGAUACAUGCCUUGUAUACUUUGCCGACCACACAAUCAUUGACAGUGUGAUUGAUAGGAAGCACGUGUUGGGUAAAAAGCAGUUAGAUUUGAAACGAUACCAGGAAUGUCUAGGACGCCCUGAAGGAGAAGUAGUCGAAAGGAAACUAAAUGUUCCUGAUCCACUGAAGAUGAAAGAUGUGUGUCCUCACAAAUUGAAAUUUUUAAAACAAUCUAAACUUUAUCGCGAAGCUCUUGAGAAACAAAUGUUGAGUAGCCAUGCGCGUGUGGUAUUGCCUACAGAUGGCGGGGACGUGACGUUUGAGUGUACUUUAACAAGAGAUGUGCAAAACUGUUUUAAACUUGUUAAAACUUGGAAAAAGGAGACAGAGGAAAGUUUUGACCACUUCAUGAACGCAAUCACUGUCUGUCAGAUAAUUGUUUUGCAAGACAUUUGGGACAAGGUAAUGGAACAAUUGAAGUCCGUGUCAGUUCCCAGCCCAGAAGCUGUUGCAGUGUGUACAGAUAGAAAUGGCGGCUUGGUAACAGUUGUUGGAAACAGACAACCUGCUGAAAGUCUUGCAAAGAACAUACGUGAAAUUUUACAGAAAGUAAUAGAAGAAGCUGAAAUGGAACGACAGAAGGUUACGGAAACUUAUAAGAGUUUAAAACCUAUUGAGGCAAGAAUGCUUCUUGUGGACAAAUUUCCUACUCGGAUGGAAGAGAUAUAUCCGGAAAUGAAAGUAAAAAUCAAUCACACUAAACAUGAAAUAGUGUUCGAAGGUUCCCGAGGAAAUGUAAGUGAUGCCAAAUUAAAAAUGCAUGAAAUUAAGAGCGAUUUUGCAAAAAGGUCUAUAGAAAACAUCACAACAUUUUCCGCUGGACUUUUUAAAGCUACACAGACAAAGGACUAUAUUGUGAAAAAAAUGAAAGAUGAGUCGGUGAUAGGGGUAUGGGAAAUACACGAACAAACACUGAUAAUAUUCAGUUCAUCAGAAAAAACAAUUGAUCACUGUGUUAGUAUCAUCCGCCAGUCAGUAAUUGAAACCAGCAUAGCGUUAACAAAAGCAUCUGCGUCUGUUAUGAAUUCAGAGGCCUGGCAGUAUAAGGUAAAAGAAUGGCACUCUCAGUAUGCUGGAACGGCACACAUUGCUGUUGAUGAUUCUAUGACUAACGUUAAGCUUUGUUCUACAGAUAACAUCGCAAACGAACUUUUACUUUCUGUGAAGAAAUUUUUGCGUUGCAAUACAGUAUUGGAAGAAAACGUUUUAUGUACAAAAAGUUUACAAAGACUGAUUGAAAAGAAUCACAAAAGUGAAAUCAGCGAAAUUUGCAAAACGUUACAGAGUUACCAUGUAAAGAUAACCACAGACGAACAUAGUGGAUAUAAAAUAUGCGGCACUGAAGAUGGAAUGACAAGGUCAAAGGAAUCACUGCGCGUAUUAUUUGACAAAGUAAAGAGAAAAGAUCACACAGUAAUAAAACCAGGUUUAGCUGAACAUAUGAAAACUUCAAGAGGAAAAGACAGUUUAGAUACUAUAGAAAGCAUCAUGCCUUGUGUAAUAUCGAUCAAAGUCGAAUUGGGCGAAGAGCAGAUGUCCAGUAAUCUGUAUGGUAUUGACCCUGCAAGCAAUGGAAAUAAAAAUAGAAAGAUAAAAGAGAAAGCUACAUGUAAAGCUUAUAGAAACAAGAUUGUGCACACAGCUGUUGGUGACAUGACUGAAAUGAAAGCGCAAGUUCUCGUUAAUGCUGCUGAUAAAACAUUAAGUCUCAGUAGAGGACUUGGAAAGGCUAUGGUUUUGAAAGGUGGAGAGGAAAUAGAAAAGGCAUGUCAAGAUUACAUCCAGACAGAAGGGAAACUUUAUGAAGGUGAAGCAUUUAUUUGCACAGCAGGAAACCUGAACGCAGAUUACAUUGUUCAUGUCUUAGGACCGGUUUGGAGAGGUGGACAUUACAAUGAGAAAAAAGCGUUGAAGGAGGCUGUUUUAAAAUGUAUGCACCAAGCUUCUACAUAUCGUGCCACAUCAAUGGCCAUACCAGCAAUCGGCUGCGGUUCAUACGGGUACCCAGUAAAACAUGCUACAUCAACAAUAGUAAAGGCAAUUAGUAAAUUCUUUCGAGAAAAUCACGACAGCCGGCUGGCAGACAUUUAUUUGUGUGAUGUGAAAUCUGACACAGUCGAUUUUUUCAAUGAAGCCUUAAAAGAGGAAUUUGGAAAUAUACAUAUUCAGGAGGAGUCUGAGGACGAAGAUUAUGAUAUUCAAGAGGAGUCCGAGGACGAAGAUUAUGAAACCUUUUCAGACAGAUCCCAGGUGUCAGACUACCAGAGGGCGCCACCUGUGCCCAAAUCAAGACCGUCAAAAAGAAAACCAGGGUCUGACAGUAAUCCAGUAAACAUUGGGAAUGUUUCCAUUGUAUUGAAAAAGGAGGAAAUUGCAAAAGAAAAGGUUGAUGUGAUUGUGAACACAACAGCAAAGAAUCUUGACUUGAAAAAUGGAGCAGUAUCAUCAUCAUUAUUAAAGUUUGGUGGACAGAACUUGCAGGUGGAAGUUUCAACAAACUACCCAGAUGGUAUAAACUUCGGAGAAAUAGCCGUUUCAGCUGGACAUAAUUUGAAAUGCUCGCAGGUGUUUCAUACAACACUGUCAAAUUACGAUGCAAAUAACGCUACUGCGUGUUGUGAUGCAUUACACAAGUUAGUGACCAGCUGUUUAGCUGAAGCACAGAGACAGAAUCAAACAAGUAUAGCUUUUCCAGCAAUUGGUACAGGGAAUCUGGGGUUUCCCAAAGAUAUAGUGGCAAGAGAAAUGUUUAAAGCAGUUUCAAAAUUCAGCGCUGCAAAUCCUAAUCCUUCUGUCAAAGACGUUAGGUUUAUUGUUUAUCAAAAGGACUUGACAACAAUUAAGGCGUUUGAGGCUGAACAAGCACGAUGGUCCUCGGGAGAAUAUAAAAGUGCUCGACAAUCCAGAAAAAUAGAUCCAAUUUAUGAACGACUUCAGAGUAGGAAGACUGAUUCAGGAGUAGACAGUGAGCACGAAUAUGACUUUUUACCAGAUAGUGGAGAAAGUGCUUAUGUAAACCUGAAAGUGACUGUGAAACAAGGGGACAUUACUAAAGAGGAUUCAGACUGUAUUGUCAACAGCUCUAAUGAAACGUUUGACUUAAAUAGAGGGGCUGUGUCUAAAGCCCUUCUAAAGAGAGGAGGAGCUGCUCUUGCAAAAGAAAUCAAGAGCAAAAGAGAUAUUAUGAGAAAGAAUCAUUUGGUAUGGACAUCAGCUCAUGGGAUUCCAUGUAAACACAUCGUUCAUGUAGUUGCGCAGGACAACAAUAAAGGAUGGAAGUCAAUUAUUGAGAGAUGUCUCCAUGGAGCAGAGAAAAAGAAACUGAAAAGUAUUACCUUUCCAGCACUUGGAACAGGCUUCCAGUCUGACCCCAAAGAAAUGGCUGAUGUUAUGACAUGCGCCUUCGUGGACUUUGACAAAACUAAACCAGCAUUCUUGCAAGACGUGCGUAUUGUAGUUUUUCAACAAGGUAUGGUGCAGGAUUUCAAGAGAGUUCUUUUGACAGAUGCAAAACAAGGUUCUGGAAUUUUGAACGCAAUCUACAACGGUGUGAAAGAGUUCUUUGGUGGUGGCAAGGACGGUUCAUAUGCAGAGGUCAGUAAAGGCACAAAGAGGAAACCAGAAAAUCGUGAUUCUGUAACAUUUGAGAUAUUGUCAAUGAAUAAAAAUGUGAUUCAAGAAGCCAUUAAAAGACUGGAAGGAUGUUUGGAAAAAGAGAUUCACCAGAAGGAACUUAAGGAGAGCGUUAUCUGUCGAAUGGAUCCAAAUUAUAUAGCAGAAAUAGAAGCCAUUGCAAGAGAAAACAAUGUCCAAAUAAACACUGAUGUGAAAUCAGGGAAAAUAAAGAUAGCUGGCUUAGCUCAAAACUUGAUGAAUGCCUCAGACAAGAUCCAUGGAAUUAUACGUGAUGCUGUUUCACAGGAAAAGCAAAGAGAAACAGCAGAAAUUAUGAGCUGUUUAGUGCAGUGGUUCUACAUAGAUAUAACGGAGGAAUGUGGACAAAAGCUGGUGGAAUAUGACAAAACGCUGAACUUCAAAAUAGAAAAUGCGUUUAAGUUGCAAGAACCUACUUAUUCUUUUAUUGCUGAUGAUAAGAAGAAAUACAUCCUUGACUUCAAGAAGAUGCAGGAGUAUGCAGAAGAUGAUGAUGAAGAUGUUGUUAAUGUUAUAAGGAGAGAUCUGUUUAAAGAAGGGGCAAGUGAUACGCCCGCGUCUUGGGGAGAAUUUAAAGGAAACCUUAAUGUGGUGAACUUAGCAAACACAGAUCCCGAAUACCAAGAUAUUUAUCAGAAGUUCCAGGCAACCGCUGGUAUUCAAAGACAAAUCAGUCAGAUUCAUCGAGUUCAGAAUAAAACAUUAUGGAAUCAAUACCAUACUAAGAAGAAGCAAUUGGAAGGUCAAAAUCCGCCAAACACGCAAAAUGAGAAUUUUCUAUGGCAUGGUACAGCAGAAGAUGCAGUAGAUAGUAUUAAUGCUCAUGGAUUUAACAGGAGCUAUUGUGGCAAAAAUGCGACUGCACUUGGAAAUGGAGUAUAUUUUGCUGUUCAAGCUGCCUAUUCCUGCGGUGAUACCUACUCAAGGCCAGACAGUAGUGGAAUGAAACGAAUGUACUACUGUCGUGUACUGACAGGCGAAUAUACGACAGGUCAAAGUGGAAUGAGGGUACCACCUGCAAAACCGUCAGGUGGAAAUAACGCCAUUUAUGACUCUGUCGUUGAUAAUGUGAAUACACCAGGGAUGUACAUCGUCUUCAACGAUACCCAGGCUUAUCCUGAAUAUUUGGUCACAUUUUCCCCUUAAUAUUUAAAUCAAAUGUAUGUGUAUUAAGGAGUAAAAAGGAUAUAUUUUCCUAGCCAUAGAAUAAAAAGAGGUCUAUAAGUAAAUGAUUUGCAGUAUGAACAAGCUGCUCUAUUGCUUCAUAGGAUAGAUAUAAGAAUAUUACAUAAGUGUGAAAAAUUGUUGAUGUACCAGUGACUCUUAAUACUUUUUCUGCUGUUAUUUGUGAAUGUUUUAUGAUACUGUUAUUUAUUGUGUGUUUAAAAGGACGUAUGUUAAAGGAUUGUACCUAAAGUCAAAUUACAUUUGAUAUUUCUUUCUUUUGAAAACUUCUUGAUGGAAUACCUCAACACUAUAAUGAUUUAGCUUCAUUACUUCAUUUUUUAUACGGAAUUGCAAUAUUUAAUCCAAAAUAUUUUGUUUUAUUUGGAAAAGUUAUGCCUGUGAGCGAUAUCUCUUCUUGGACCAUUUACAUAUCUGGACAAAGUAUUUUAUAUCCAAAAUGUAGUCUACUUAAACAUAUUUUGGUUAUGAUUCAUACAAAAAGAACUGAACGUCGUCUGUGAUUUUCAAACAAAUUAAUUCAAAGUGCGAAAUGGUAUAUAUUACUCCCGAUAAUUGACUUGUUUGGUCUGAUCAUAGCAAAGAAAGCACCAUUCAAAAUACAAAACGUAGAAUUUAUGACUUUACGACAUCGAAUCUAUGGGCAGUUUUUAAGAUUAGUUUAUAACAAGAAUAGUAAGGGUUCAAAAUGCAUGAGAAAACUCACAGCGAUAUAAAAACGUCAAUUUUAUCUGAUUAUCCCACCAAAGCCGUCUUCAUUUUAUGGCACGCGCCAUGUGUUUACCAUGUUCAUAAUUUACAAACCGAUCGCUACGUUCGAAAUCGCAUUGACCUUGCAGAACAGCAGUCACUUAAACUUCUGUUAAAGGAAUGCUGACGUUACCUUGUUGUGUCAUAAGAAGAAUGCCAAGCGCCUUUCUUUAGCAAAUCCGCCAAACAAUGAAGUCGGUGUCGCUGUCAAAAUACCACACAUUUACCGAACGUUGCUAUGUUAAAUCUUGCUAUCGUGCACUAUAUGCUUCUGCUUUGUAUUGUAGUCAUUGAAAACGUUAAGUGCCGUCUCUACUAUGUCAUUCUAUUGAUAAUGUGGCAUAUUGUCCUCCUGAAUGUAAUCUGACAUUUAGGUCGAUGUUUGCGGUAUUGUUUCUUUGUCCGAGUCAUGAACAAAAUGUUGACAUUCCAUAAUAUGGACAAGUAUGAAUUGACUUUGAACCAAUAUAGAUUGCAAGUUUCAGAAGUAUCAAUUCAUUAUAAUAUGACUGUUGAUGGCAGUUUAAAUAUACAUGCUAAUAAUAUCAAGUAUAUAUAUGACUGUUGAUGGCAGUAUUAACCUCAGUGCUGACUUGUUUUGGUAAAAAUGUGUAUUAUUAGUAUUAAAUGACCAUGAAUUUCAGUUGCAUUUAUGCUUAUAUUGCAUGAUUAGGUUAUAACAAGGGUGAAUAUACAUGGUAAAAUAUCAAGUCAUUACAAUACGACUGCUGAUGGCAGUUAUUUGAAUGUUCAAGCUAUAAAUAUGAUAAAGUGAUGCUUAUGUUAAUACUUUUAUGACAGACUUGCAUUUGUGUUUCACACGUUUUCUUCAUGCUUCUUAAAAAUGCUGAAAAGUCGUACUAGAAUAUAUACACUAGAAAACGUUUCACAUGAUGAUGAUAAUUGAAGGUGAUGAUGAUUGUUUCUAAGUGCAGUUAUGACAUGUUAUAUUCCUUCUGAACAGUUUUGUUCCUUAUCUAUAUUGCUAUAUUUAUGUUUUGUCUUUAUUUAUAAAUCUGAAUCAUCAUUCUGGAAAAGAAAAUGACAGAUGAGAAAUCAUUUUGAAAUGAAACAAAAACAUGGAAACACAUAUCAUAUGACACUUGUAUAGCUCAUGGCAAUAUAAUAUUGAUAUUUACUUGAUGCACCUGUUAAUAUGUGUUGAAUAUAAUAGGAUCAUAUUUGCAUCACUGCUCACAGACAUGAUGAUUAUACCAAGUUAUCUAUAUCAAUAUACUAUAUAACUUUGUUGACCUUGAUGUUAGAUAUAAUCGAAUGUAUUUAAAUGUUCAAAUUAUGAAUAUUAUAAUGUAAUGUCUGUGUUGAAAAAUAUGUUAUUGACAGCCAUAAUUAUAGCAUGUUGGUUUGUGUGUGCUACAGAUGUUUUAUUCAUGAUUUUAAACAAUGAAGAUGAUGAUGAUACAUGCCUAAAUGCCAUUUGUGAAUAUAUCUAUAUAUAUUCUGAGAACAGUCAUGAUAUUUUCAUUCAAUUUUGAACAGAUUCCUUCCAGUUUACUAAAUUCAUGUUCCUGUAUGUUUUCAUUUAUAUUAUAUACCUGAAUUAUCAUUGUAAUAAAAUGAUUGUAUAUCUAAAAAAAUCGUCUGAGCACAAACAUUUAAAAUGUAAUCAACUCAUAUUUCUGUAUAUUCCAUUUUGACUUGUCAAAUCAUUGUAUGAAGUAUAUUUUUUAUGCCUAUUUAUCAACUCUAAGCUUAUUUAAAAACUGCAGCCUCCAAAUUAUGAAAGUAGACCAAGUUAAGAGUUAAUAUACUCAAUUAUCUCAAUCCCUGACAAAAAACCCUCACAUCACUAUGAAAACCUCCUUACACAGUCCCCAAUUCCAUGAAGUAAGGUUGUCUUAAAGUUCAAAAUACACUUUAGGACAUAAAACUAUACCCGAAUGGGUUUUUUUUUAUAUUUGUACUAUAUAAAAUUGAAUCACAAACAUGAAACAUGAAUAUCUAUGGUACAAUAUCUAUCUGCAUUUUCAAAUAUAGAGUUGUUAUAAUUCUGUAAUAUUCUGCUUCACAAUCAAAAUAUAAUCACUGAUAAUCACAUGGAUUUUAGUUCUCAUUUAGAAACAUCUCUCCUCUUAUUCCUUUUAUUUUAUAUGCUCACUCAUUCCAUGGAAUACAUUUCAAUAACUGACUGUUUCAAAACACGUUCUCCUCACAAUCAAAAUAUAAUCACUGUUAAUCACAUGACUUUUAGUUCCCAUUUAGUAACAUCUCUCCUCUUAUUCCUUUUAUUGUAUAUGCUCACUCAUUCCAUGGAAUACAUUUCAAUAACUUACUGUUACAAAACACGUUCUCCAACCAUCACAUAAUUUAUAGAACACUCCAAACUAUAAUAAUUACGACGCAUAAAUUCCAACGAUUGUAUUUAUGAAAAUACAGAUGCUAAAACAUCAAUAUUCUUUGCUAUUUAUGUCCAUUAUAACAUAAUAUAGUACACAUCGUACGUUUCAAAACGUAUUCAUUCAUAAAUGUCACACCCGUGUAUUUAAAUAAGUGAAUGAAACACGCGAUGGACUACAUAAUAACACAAUCAUUCAACCAAUGAAUCGAUUGAUCUGUCACGGUUGUAUAGAUACUAUAACAAUCCAUUCAUUGAUUCGAUUCAUAGUAAUUUUCAAAAUUAAUUUGGUACAAAAUACUAUACUUCUCAAUAUAGACUUAUUUUAUAAAUUAUCAUUUAUUAAUUUCGUAGUCAUUUUGAAAUACAAAUAUCGAAUACAUAAUUAAGGUGAUUGUCACCUAGCUAUAUUGCAUAGAUUCCGUUGUCCAGCAACCGCAUGUCAACAUGUAAAACAAUUCUUUUAUCGCAAACACUUUCAAACAAAGACAAAUCUGUUUAAUACUCACACUUGUUUUUACUGUGAAUGUCCAAAGAAAACGUAUAUGAUAAUGCCGUUCCAACGCGUGGAGGUCGCAAUUCGAAACAAUAUGUCGGACUCUUCCAGUCUUACAACUCUUAUUCUUCCUGCACAUUCUACGAUUACUUCCUCUGUCUUCUUAUGGUCACUUGUGCAACUGGAACAACUUACCCAAACACGAAUUUUCUCCUGGCAUCACCUGAUGGGUACAGACUUACAAUCUUACAGGAUGAAGGUUGGUAUUUUUGUUUCUUUUCAAAUGUCAUUUAAAGGUCUAGCAUGUUUCAAAACCUUUGAACUUAUUAUUUGGUUGUCAAUGCUUCUUCUGAGAGUGGUGACAUUCAUCAAAACCCCGGACCCAAUACAGCCACGUCAUCUUCCACUAAUAACUCUCUUUCAGAUUCUUACAUUUUCGUAGAUUUCCAAAACUCACUGUCAUUUGUCCAUUAUAACGUACAAAGCUUCUUUCAUAAAAGAGAUAUUCUCCAGGCUGAACUUCAACACUUCUUUCUUUUUUUGAAACUUGGCUAAGUGAUCAGAUCGAAUCUUCUUCUCUCAUAUUUGAAAACUUUGCACCACCAUUCCGGAAGGAUCGUAAUGGCGAUAAUCACGGAGGUGUAAUCGUGUACGUCAGAGGUUCAUUUCCCGCAAUUAGGCGCACUGACUUAGAAGUAGACGGCAUUAAAUGCAUUUGGCUAGAGAUUCACAUUAAACACAGAAAAAUUCUAUUUGGUACCUUCUACCACCUAACUCGUCUCCUCUAGUUCUUACUUGGGUCGGCGAACCCUUUCUUGACCAAAAUAUCAGAUUUCACUGUCCUAUCUUCUGCUGUAUUGAUGUUGCACAGCCAAAACCGGCGACGUUUAAACGGAGAGUCUGGAAAUUUGAUCAAGGGGACUAUGAAGGUCUACAUCAAGAAGCUUCAAUAUUUGAUUGGCAGUCGCUCUUUGAUCAUGAUAUAGACACAUACACAAGCAAUAUUACCAACCAAAUACUGUCUAUGUCUAACAAAUACAUUCCAAACAAAAUUGUUAAAAUACGACAAUCAGAACCACUCAUGAUCCACAACGACAUACGCAAAUAUAUCAGAAAACAAAAACGUGCAUAUGACAAAGCCAAAAUAUCACAAAACCCUCGACACUGGCAAGCAUACAAACCGCUUAGAAACAAAACAACUGACAUGCUCAGACAAGCCAAACACCACUUAUCCCUAAAGAUUUCAGAUAAACUAAAACAGCCAGAUCUUAAAACAACAGACUAUUAGAGAAUACUUAAACAAUUCAUAGCACCCACUAACAAAUCAAGCAUCGAUACAUUACAUGAUAAUGGAAACAUAGUCACAGACAACACAGAUAAAGCCAACCUUCGGAACAAUUUCUUUCAAACCCAAACACAACUCCACGAUCAAAAUAAAAUAGUUCCACCACUACAAGUAAACCCAGAUGCAAAUGCCCUCACUAACAUUCAAAUCACAGAAUACGAAGUAGAGAUUACACUUAAUCACUUAAUACAGGCAAAGCAUCAGGUCCAGACAACAUAAACAGUAGAAUACUCAAAGAACUCUCACACGAAAUAGCAAGGGCUCUAUGCUCUCUUUUCAACAGAUCUCUUCAUAUAGGCAAGGUACCAUCUCUUUGGAAAUUAGCAAAUGUCCGCGCUAUUCAUAAGAAAAACGAUCCACAUACAGUCUCAAAUUACAGAUCUAUAUCACUACUAAGCACUAUCAGUAAAACUCUUGAAAAAAUCAUUCAUACGCACACAUACAACUUCUUCAUGUCCAACAAUAUUAUCUCUUCACUUCAGUCAGGCUUUGUUCCCAACGACGACUCAACUUCCAAUCAACUUGUUUCUAUCUACAACUCUUUCUGUCAAGCCCUAGACGAGGGCAAAGAAGUCAGGGCUGUAUUCUGGGACAUUUCUAAAGCAUUCGACCGAGUUUGGCAUCGUGGUCUCCUUCAUAAACUGGAAUCAAAAGGAAUUUCAGGGCAGCUUCUUCUAUUGUUCAAGGACUAUCUAUCUGGUAGAAGGCAAAGGGUCGUUCUUUGUGGUUCCUCUUCUGAAACUGUACUUAUAUCUGCUAGUAUUUCACAAGGUUCCAUCCUUGGUCCUCUUCUUUUUAUUCUCUAUAUCAACGAUAUCGUUACAGACAUCGGUUCUACUAUUCGUCUCUUUGCUGAUGACACAUGCCUCUACAUAACUGUUGAUGAUCCUAUUCACUCAGCAAUUACUCUCAACACAGAUCUCAAUACUAUCAAAAACUUGGCCGAAAAAUGGCUAGUCGAUUUCAAUCCAAAUAAAACAACUUCUUUGCUCAUUUCUCGAAAACACAACAAACCAUAUCACCCUCCUCUCUCAAUGAAUGGCACAGUUGUAGCAGAAGUAAACUCUAACAAGCAUCUAGGAGUCACAUUUUCUCACGAUGGAACUUGGCAUGAGCACAUCGAGACAAUCAAAACAAAAGCAUGGCAACGUAUCAGUAUUAUGCGCACACUCAAAUUAACUCUUGACAGAAAAUCAUUAGAAACUAUCUAUACAUCUUUCAUUCGACCUCUCCUAGAGUAUUCUGACGUCGUUUGGGACAAUCUUUCUCUCCAUGAUCAAGAAGAGUUAGCAAAAAUACAACAUGAUGCGUGUAGAAUUAUCUGCGGGACAUCCAAACUAGUUUCUAUCGAUAAUCUUUAUAGGGAAACCUGCUUUGAAUCUCUCAAACAAAGAAGAGAAAAACACAAAUUCACACUCUUUUAUAAAAUCACAAACAACCAAUCUCCUCCAUAUCUCAGUUUUUUCCCACGCCAAACAUUUAACUAUUUAUACUUCUAAGCCAAAACGUUCUAUAACCUAACAACCAUUUCUAAAUCUUCCAUAUUCCUUAGCCCGCUCUCUAAGCCGAACUGCAUUGUUCAAUUAUCCGAUUCCAUUUUUUGUAAAACAUUUCUAAUUCUCCAAUUUUAUCCUCUCCUGGUUCCAUCUCUCCUCUUAACUCACCCUUUUACUAAGCAUUUUCCCCGAGUAUUUAUAUCUUUUUCACAAACUGCAUCGCAAUAACAUGUUUACAAGUAUAAAAACAUGUCAAUCAAAACGUCCACUAUGUACUCAAAUAACCGUAAACAACAGAUGUAGAAUCAAUCAUCACUGGGCAUUUUUGUAAAUAAAUGACUGGUACCGAAAGAAACAAAAUAAUUAGGGUCAAACCUAAUAGACAAAACAUUCGACUGUGAUUCAUUUUGCUAAAAUUGUAAAGAAAAGCAACAGUAAACUCACCAGGUAAAUAAAGGAAUCAAUUAAGGAAAGUUUCAACGAAAACAAUAACAAAAUAAUUAAGGCUAAUUAAAUCAAUUUCUGUUCAGAACCUCGCAAUAUCUGACCGGUUAUAAGAGUAAACAAAGUCAUUUAGGCCAAAACUUAAUAGAUAAAACAUUCAGAUGUUACGAAAUUUGCUAGAGUAGUAAAUACCAACAAUGACCUACACAUGUAAACGAAAUGAAUAUUAUUUGUAAGAAUUAUCAGAAUGUUCUACCAAAAUCAAUAACAGGUAAAAUAAACACAAAUGAUUAAUUAGCUGAAAAUUGACCUGCGAGCUAUCAUUGUGUUACCUCUGUAUGCUUUUUUUCGUUUUUUUUUUUACAUUUAAUGCAGUAACUUUAACUCAAAAGGAGGGAAAUUAAUGUGCCUUUACAUAGAGCAGAAGAAUCAUAAGUCUUGUCUUGAAUAUAUAAAGUAAUUGCUCUUGUUUUACUCAUUUUGUUUUUUACCUUUUUUGAUAUUUAUGGCUUAAAAUCCAAUGAAGGAAAUUCGAAGUAACUUACCAUAACUUUUUUUUAUUCAAUACAGAAUUAUCUCCCAUAUUAUACAUAAAAAUACAACGAGUAGUGAUCAAAAGAUUUCAUGAGUAUUAUUUAUUAUCGUCAUAACCUUUUUAAACAAGCUUUUGUUGGAUGUAUCAUCCAGGUGUUUCUUGUCCGGAGCACAAGUUCAAAAGUACUGGAAAUAUUUAAGUGAAACAUGUAUCAUUGAGAUAAUGUACAAUGCACAAGGACCGUAACACUGUCAUGAUGACCCCCCCCCCCCAACCCGCUCCACCCUUUUUGUACUUACAAUGUAUAUUUUAUUUAAAUUUACUGAAGAGAUUCCAUUGAAACUGUUAUUUAGAAAGAUAUUAAUGUGAGGGAAUAAUGUGCACAAUAACUAUAACUCAACAUAAAUGUCCAACAUUUAUGAAACAGUUUCCCUUUUUGUUUCUUUUUUUUUCCGGAGCAUGACUGUAAUAAUAAUCAAGAAAUUUCAAUGUAACUUGAACUGUAACUGUACCUGCAGAUUAGUACAAAUGCGAUGAAACAAGAACAAUCACUCUAUUCUGAAGGUUUUUCAAAUUAUCUCCCUUUUUGUGCUUUUUGUUCCUUGCCCGGAGUAUUAGAACUCCAAAAGGAUUGAUUAUAUUUCAAAGAUACAUAAAAUAUAGACAUCUAUGAAUAAGAUGGAUUUAAGUGCACAGGAACCGUUUGUCUAAGUGAAUAUUUUUCAAUAAUUUCAAAUGAUCUUCCUCUUUUAUAUUUUCAUUCAUUGUCGCUGUCCACCGCAAAAUCUCCAGUACUUUCAAAUUAUUUUCCUUUUAUACUUUUAUUCCUUGUCGUUGUCCAUUUCAACUUAAUACUCAUGCAAAUACAUUCAAAUUAUCUUCAUUUUUGUACUUUAGAUUUAUUCCUUGUCGUUAUCCGUCGCAAAAUACUCCAGUACUUUCAAAUUAUCUUCCCUUUUGUACUUAUUCCUUGUCGAUGUCCACCACAAAAUAAUCAAGUACUGAAGAUAUAUCUAUAAAUUUUAGAUUAUACACGCAUAUAUGUAUCAGUGAGAUUAAGUACAUGUUUCUGGAAUAGUUUACAAUUCUCUCCGUUUUGUAACUUUUUUUAAAGCACUGAAAGGAAUAUAUAAACACAUUUGCCCUUAUAACAGAUGGAAAUGAGAAGACGUGCAUAUAAAGUCAAUAUUUCCCGAAGUAAUUGCAGAAUUAAUUCUCAUUUGUUGCAGUUUUAAAAUAAACAUAUCGAACAACGUGUAUAGUCACUUAACAAAGAUCUGUCGGGGAUCACCCAUACGAUAUUUUUGGGCAAACGAACUACGUUUUUAAAACUACGAGUGUUAAUGUUGAUAAAACUUACUAAAAUGCUAAGAAUCACAUUAAAAUUUUAUUCUAUUGCAAUCAUUAUGGAAAUCCCUUUCUAAAUUAAGAAAGCUCUGACAUAAAUCUGGAGGCAUGCAGCUUCAAUAAGACAUAACCGCGACUACUACAACAUCAAUCCCUGUACAAAUUUAAGCCGGAGAGUUUUCACUUUUCUCUAUUGCAUUACAUGUAUAAUCAAUUGCUUAGAAAAACUAGAAUUUCUCGGUUUUAGACCUACAUAUGUGAAUACUGACAAGUUCUUUAUUUGAUUGAAUUGAUUUUACUAUAAUUUAUACCAAAGAUGAUGUCUUAGGCAAAUGUAGAAUUUCAUAAAUAUAUUGUUAUGGUUAGAUGUUCUACUUACUUUGACAGAGUAGUUUAUUUUGUGACACGAUUUUGUUAACACAUCUAUAGAAAUUUAUUAAAAGUGAGAAUAUU